UUUGAAGACUGUCAAAAAACUUUUUCUCCCCGUCUUCCGCGCUUUUCGAAUGGCUGUGUUUGUUAUUGAGUAUGUUGUGUUACUUUCAUUCGUUAAAAAGUGGUUAGAUGAUGUUAAAUUAUCAUAUUUCUUGCCAUGAUAUUGACUUAUGAUGAGGUGUUAUGUUCAAAAUAUAUUUAAGUGGCUGUUAGUAGCUUUUCUUAUCGUUUGCUACACUUUAUUGGUUAUUUUGUGGCAGGUCGACGUACCUCGUCAUCAGGUGUCUGAGUGGUCAGACAACAAAGAUGGCGCUAUCAUUCGGACGCAUACCAAAACACGUGAAUAUAUUCAAGAAAGAGCGCCUAGAUCUCUUCAAAACUUGGAAGAAGAAACUCAAAAAUUUAAAAUAAAUAAUCUUGUUGUUCGUGCCAUAAAAGAAACUCGUAACAAUCAGACUACGAAACUUAACGAUCUCUUCAUUAGUGUAAAAACAACUAAAGCAUUUCAUCAGAGUAGAGUCAAUAUUAUUUUAAAGACCUGGUUUGUUUUGGCUAGAGAUCAAACAUAUUUUUUCAGUGAUGCUGUUGAUCCAUUGUAUUCAUCUAAAACAAGAGGUCAUUUCAUAAACACCAAUUGCUCAUCUUCUCAUAAUAGGAAAGCUCUAUGCUGUAAAAUGUCUGUUGAAUUUGAUACAUUUCUAGAAAGCUCAAAAAAAUGGCUUUGUCAUUUUGAUGAUGAUAAUUAUGUGAAUGUGCCAAGGUUGUUAAGACUACUUCAGAGCUAUAAUCCUCAAGAAGAUUGGUAUUUAGGAAAACCUAGUAUUCGAUCACCUUUAGAAAUAAUUAGUCGAUAUGACAAUCAAAAAAACGUUUCCUUUUGGUUUGCUACUGGUGGAGCUGGGUUUUGUAUUAGCCGUGCCUUAGCUUUGAAGAUGUUGCCUAUAGCGAGUGGAGGUAAAUUCAUUAGCAUUGGCGAGAAAAUUCGAUUGCCUGAUGAUGUUACCAUGGGCUAUAUCAUAGAGCAUAUACUUCAACAGAAGUUAACUGUUGUGGAUCUAUUCCAUUCUCAUUUUGAACCCAUGAAAUUUUUAAAACAAGAUAGCUUUCCUGAGCAGAUUUCUUUUAGUUACUCAAGAUUUGGUCAUGAAAUGAAUGUUGUCCAAAUAGAUGGAUUUGAUAACAGAAUAGAUCCAACCAGGUUUCUUUCUUUGCACUGUCAUCUUUUUCCCAAUUUCAGUUUUUGUUCUAGCUGAUGCGUAAUGUUUGUAGAUACUCUGCCAUAGAAUGUAUAUUUAGAAAUCAUCUGCUCAGUUCAAAUGUUGCCAAUUUAGUGCCUUACUAUAUGAAGUUAUUUUACUAUGGAAGUUAUUUUACUAUGGAUUAUUUUACUAUUUAUGUAAUAAUGUGCCACAAACUAUAUUUUGUAAAUAUUGAAUCUUAUAAUUGUAAAUAUGUUUUUAAUAUAAACUAAAAACACAAUCCACUGUGAUUUUUUUCAAUAGUGAAUUCAUCAAUAUCUUUGAGCGUAUUUCUUUAAAGGAAAAAAAAAUACUAUUUUGCUACAAUUUACUAUUUAAUAAUGUUAAUAUCAUUUCAAAUAUCAAAAAAUGAAUUCUAUGAAUUUCAUUUUAACAAAUCAAAAAGCUCAAUAAAAAUAAAUGCAUUUUACCUCCAUUAUUUAUAUUUUCAAUAAAUGGUUGAGCUGCAAUAAGUGGUAAAAUAGCAUCUGUUAAAAUUUUAUAAUUUCAUAUAUCAAAUAGCUGCACAAAUAAGCCUAUCGUAGUUUUCUUAAUACUGAUUAGAAGUUUGUCAUAAAUUACUCAUAUCAUUUAUAUUUGAAUUAGAUAAUGCUUAGAUGUAUGAAUUACUUUGUAUCAUAAAUUUUAAAUGUAAAGAUAUAUUUCAUGUUGCUAUUAUUUGUACAUAAAAGUUAGUCUAAAGCUAGAAACAGGCUUUUGAGAGGUUUCUUAGUUGAUAUUAUUGAUGAAAAAUUGAGCUUAAAAGUAUUAGGAUUGCAUUUAAGAUAUUAUUAUUUCACAAUAAAUAGCUUCAUGAAUAGGCUUACUAAUUAAGUAGUUUGACAGAAAUUGUCAAACUACUUAUGUUAGAUAUAUAUUUGUCUAAUUACACACUACUUUCCAUUAUACAUUUUAAAUGUAUAUAAUUAUUUCGCAUUGCUGUUAUUUGUCUACAAAAAGUAUUUUAAUUAAAUGGUAAAAUAGAUUAUUGAGAUAUUUUAUUGCUGGUGGUAUCUUUUCCCUUGAUGCUCAAAUUUUAUUCCUCAAUCUUUAAAUAUAUUAGAUGACACUAGAGUAAACUUUUACAUUGGUUGAUUUUUUUUGGUUUUAAACUUUGUCUUUAACAUUAAAUUACUUAUGAUCUUGAAAUAUGAAUAAUCUAUGCUCAAGAAUAAUAUGUUAUGUAAACUGCAUUAAGCAGAUUGUUUUGUGUCCAGAACACAUAAAUAUUUUAAACUUCUGAACAUAGUUAAAUUAAAUGUGUUCCAACUAUAAAAAUUUUUAUCAACUAAUCUAUUAUUUUCUUAUUAGACAAACAUUGUUAUAAUUAGAAAGAUUAUAGUUUAGUUUUAAAACUUUAACAAGGGAAAACAAUUUAAUAAAUAUAAUCUGAUUUAAAAAAAAAAAUUAUUUAUAUUCUGAAGCCACUUAAGUUUAAAAAAUAAAAUAGCCCAUAAAAAUAAUUAUUGCCUCAAGUUUAUUGACUUAUUCCACUCAAAAAAGUAAGGUUGUUCAGCAUUCAAAUGUAAUUUUUCUUGCAUUAAAGUUGUGCCAAAUUCAUGCUGAAUCCUUUCUGUAGAGGAUGCCAGGUUCAUAGUUGGAUGGAAUAUUUAGGUUCAAUAUAUUUUGUAUAUACUGACUCAUCUGUAAAUAUGUUAUUUGUUAUUCAUCACAUUUGUAUAUUUCUUGUUAUUAGUUUGAAAAGUUUUAGGGUAUCAGGCAUUUUAUAAAUGGCGAAAAAGAUAAUUAAAUUUUGAGACAUAUAUAUAUAUAUAUUAUUAGUAGAUUAUUUUACGUGACGUAAAGAAAACUUUCAAAUAGUAGUUUAAGAACUAUUUAACUGUUCAGUCUUUCAUAUUAUUAAACUAUACAUCUAAGAAAAAACUGUCUUAAUUGCCAUAAAAAUUCUCUAAAAUUUAUUUCAAGCUUUUUACACCAUCUACUUUAAGAUACAAUAGUUUUUAUAAACGCUUUUAACAAUCAUAUUUAGAGUGUCUUUUAAAUUAUGUUAGAAUUUUUUACCUCUUCUAGAAACACUUACACAGAAUGUUUAAUAUGAUUUUAAUUGCAUGUUAACCCUUUUUAAAACAUAUUUUUCAAAUGUGCAAUAAUUUUUACACCUUAUAUACUUGAUUGAAAAGUUUUCACUCAAAGCAUUACUCAAAAUUGCAGACAACAUAUGGUAAUAAUAAUCAUACGUAAAAUCUUACAUGAAGAGAAUAAAAUUUAAUUUUUCCUUAAAGUUUAAAAACUGGAAUCAUUUGAAAAGCAAUCUUAAUUUUUGUUGUGAUUUCUAAUAAAGAAUUUUAUGAAAUAUUGUAAUUUCAUAACUGGGUACCACACUGUGAAUGAAGGAGUGUUUGUGCUCUUGCAGUCUCUUUCGUUAAUUAAUUCAACAUGCCUUGUGACAUAAGUUAUGUAUACUGCAUAGAAAUCUUAAGUAGAGAGACUUAGUAAUUUAAGAGACAUUCUUUAUGCAAUUGUCAGUGUAUCAAAACAUCUGAAAUUUUACAUAGCUUUCCAGUUACAGAAUUUAAAGUACAUGGUUUAGUUGAUACAUCACUAUCAAACUAUGUCUCGUCAACCAAAGCUUCACAACUGAACAUUUUCGCCACUCAUAAGCUUGAUGGGAGGCGCUCUUCAGAAAGUUUCUGAAAGAGAAUCUGUGUGUGGUUUCACAGAAAUACUAAAAGAAUGUUUCUGAAUUGGUUAACAUAAUUAACAUGUUUACGCCGGGGUGACCAACUGGUGGGUCACGCUAGAUUGUCUCAUCGGGCGGCGCACCGGAGUAAAAACUGGUCACAAAUAAAUUUCAUUUUUUAGUUUUUUUUCCAGGAAUAAUAAAAAUCCAUAACUACCAAUUGUUUUUAACGGAUGCAAUUUUUAUAUUGAAUUGCUUCUUCGUCGUGAUAAAUUUCCUUACAGUGAAUUGUUAUUGUUGAGAAUAGAUUAACUCCUCCCAAAUAUUAUCUAAUAUUGAAAUAGUUCUUCUAUCAGUAUUUUCUCUUUUCCGUCCCGCUUUCAGGCGCAACACCCGGUGUGAACGUGUUAAUUCAAUACUAAUUUUUGUUUGCUCAAUGCUCUAAAAUAGAAUUAUGCUUGUUUAAGUUAUAAAAAUUAAAGAUCAAGACAGUUUACAAAUU